AUGUCUUAUUGUUUGCGAAGCGUGGCGCAGACACAACAACAAAACGUUUCGAACACAAUAUGUGCUAAGUGGUCACUGGUUCUUUUUCAGAACCAAAGUGGUUAUUGCAGCAUGACGCCACACUCCUCUCGAUACUCAUGGGCCAUGGCGUCCUCUUGGCGUCGCCUUUCCCGUCGCGGAAAACAGUGGCUGCGGCGUGUGGUCCGUCACGGUAACUAUUACCAGUGUCCUAUAUUGUUCGUCGUGGAAACCAGGGUCAGUGGCAUAUUGUCCGGCUUGGAAACCAGUGGCAGCAGCGUGUCGUCAGUCGUGGAAAUGAUUGGCAUUGGUCUAUAA